CUGGGGUACCGCCUCUAGCUCCACGCCUAGGCCCGGCCCAGAGCCCCGCCUCCCUGUUCCCGUCCCAACUCCGCCUCUCGGCUCCCAUCCUUCUUUUCCACGCAUCAUCUAGGUCUACGCCCAGGCCGGGCCCUGAGCUCUGCCUCUCCAUUCCCGCCCCGCUUCUCAGCUCGACAUCACUCUUUUCCGCCCCGACCCAAGCCCAGGGCCCUUGUCCACAUCUGAGUCCGAGCCCCGGUCCCCUAUUCCGACACGCCCGCCGGUGCAGAGCUGCACCAGGUGCGGGGCCCAGGGCGUGGCAGGCGUCUCCGAGCGCCAGGUACGGCUUCCGCGUCAAGAUGGCCGCCGCCUGCCGCGCCGGGGCCUGGCUCCUGGCACGCCGCUGCCUCCGCCUUCCCGCCGGGGCCCGGGUGUUGCGCGUCGCCCUCUGCCUCCUGUGCUGGGUCCCGGCGGCUGUGGGCGCCGUCCCCGAGCUCGGGCUCUGGCUAGAGACUGUCAGCGACAAAUCAGGACCUUUGAUAUUUAGGAAAACUAUGUUUAGCUCUACUGAUAUCAAAUUUUCUGUUAAGUCAUUCCGUUGUUCUGGGCCUAUGAAGUUUACCAUACAGUGGCAUUUGAAAUAUCAUACCUGUCACAAUGAAUACCCUGAACUGGAAGAGCUGUCCCAAAGACAUGAACUCAGUGUUAAUGAAGACUUUUGCAGCCACUAUUUCAAGAACAUUGACUGUUGGACAACAAAAAAUGAAAACUUAGAUUGCAACAGUGAUUUACAGGUGUUUCCCUCAUUGAAUAAUAAAGAACUAGUAACAAAUAGCAAAAAUGUUUCCAAUCAGCAAGGAUCAUCGGAUGUUAUAGCCAGAACACAAAGAGAUGGCUUUCAUAUCUUUAUUGUUUCUGUUAAAACGGAGAAAACCGAUGCAAGCUGGAAUUUGAAUGUUUCUCUUUCUAUGUCUGGGCCUCAUGGAUAUAUCUCUGCAUCAGAUUGGCCUCUAAUGAUUUUUUACAUGGUGAUGUGUAUUGUUUAUAUAUUAUAUGGCAUACUCUGGCUGAUGUGGUCUGCUUGUUAUUGGAAGGAUAUAUUAAGAAUCCAGUUCUGGAUUGCAGCUGUUAUUUUCCUAGGAAUGCUUGAAAAAGCAGUUUUUUAUUCUGAAUACCAAAACCUCAACAGCACUGGACUGUCAACCCAAAGUUUAUUGAUAUUUGCGGAGUUGAUAUCUGCGAUUAAGAGGACGUUGGCUCGCCUCCUUGUGAUCAUCGUGAGCUUGGGUUAUGGCAUUGUAAAGCCUCGUUUAGGAACAGUCAUGCACCGCGUGAUUGGACUGGGCCUUCUUUACCUUAUCUUCGCAGCUGUUGAAGGCGUGAUGAGAGUCAUUGGGGCGAAUGAUUCUGACCUUGUUCUCCUGGCCAGCCUCCCCCUCUCUCUCCUUGACUCUGGCUUGUGCUGGUGGAUUUUUAUAAGUUUGGCACAAACUAUGAAGACUCUGAGGCUAAGAAAGAACACAGUGAAAUUCUCAUUAUAUAGGCACUUUACAAAUACUCUGAUCUUUGCUGUGCUCGCUUCUAUAGUAUUUAUGGUGUGGACAACUAAGACAUUUAGAAUUGCAAAAUGCCAAUCCGAUUGGAUGGAACGCUGGGUUGAUGAUGCAUUUUGGAGAUUCCUUUUUUCACUUAUCCUUGUUGUAAUAAUGUUUUUGUGGAGACCAUCAGCAAAUAAUCAGAGAUAUGCCUUCAUGCCCUUAAUAGAUGAUUCUGAUGAUGAAAUUGAAGAAUUCAUGGUAACAUCUGAAAAUUUAACUGAAGGAAUAAAAUUAAGAGUCUCAAAAUCAGUUUCCAAUGGAACAGCCAAACCUACUUCUGAUAACUUUGAUGAAGAUUUGAAGUGGGUAGAAGAAAAUAUUCCCUCUUCAUUCACAGAUGUAGCCCUUCCAGUGUUAGUGGAUUCAGAUGAGGAAAUCAUGACCAGAUCCGAAAUGGCUGAAAAAAUGUUCUCUUCAGAAAAGAUCAUGUGAUUUGUAACCCAUGUAAAUGAAACCUAGCUAACCAUGAAGAACUGUCCUUCAUCAAGACUGACAUUAUGCUCUGAUAUAGCAUAAUGUUUUUCUUAGGUUAUCUUGGAAACCUGUGUGUUAAACUGAAGGAUUCAGUUGAUAGGAGAUUUUGCAACCCUUUUAUAGUGACUCUUGAAUGUCAGUUUAAUGUCCCCAUUAAAUUGCCUGGAUUUGGGAAUAAUCUUGGUAGAAAAUUAUGGUGAAGUUAGCUGCACAAAUGUCCCUGGGCUAAUUGGUAGCAGGCAUGUGUAUUUGGGUUCCUUCUCUUUUCUUACUUUUUUUUUUUUUUUUUUAAAUAAAUAUUCCAGCUGUUUUUUCCAUGUACCUUUGUGACAGAUUAUGUGAUUCUUCUGAAUUUGUAGUGUAUCAGAGUUGCCAUGUCUUGGGAUUACAAGGUGCAGUAAUAAUUUUCUUUGACUUUUAAACUAAAGUUAUUUGAUAAUAAGUAAAACUUGGUUAAUAUUGGAACAUAAGUAUUUAUAUGUAGAAUUUGUCUUUUUUUUUUUUUUCUUUUCUCCACACAGUCCUUGCUUGUAAGUAUUACCAUGCCCACCAAAUCAGGGAGUUAGGUUUUCUCUGAGCUCAGGGAAAUCACAGUGCACACAGGGAAGUAGUUGUUUUUUUUUGUUUUUUUUUUUUUUGAGACAAAGUGUCACUGUCUUGCUUAAGUUAGAAUGCUAUAGUGUCAGCCUAGUUCAUAGCAACCUCAUACUCAAUCGAUCCUCUUAUCUUAGCCUUCCAAGUAGAUGUCAGCCUCCCAAGUAGCAGGGACUACAGGUGCCAGCCACAACAUCCAGCUAAUUUUUCUAUUUUUUAGUAGAGACAGGAUUCUGUUCUUGCUCAGGCUGGUUUUGAACUCUGGAGCUCAAGGGAUCCUCCAACCUUUUCCUCCCCGAGUGCUAGGAUUACAGGCAUGAGUCACUGUGCCCAGCCCAGAGAGAAGUCUUAAGGGUCACUUCCAAAGGUUUGCUCUGCUGUGUCCCCUCCCUCGGGCACCACAUGUACAUGUUCUGCUGCUGACUCUGCUAGGGCAGGUAAUGGGCACCUGGCCACAUGCUUCCUAGAGCAUUCCUGACCUGGUGAGCUGGGAGACUCCUUACCAAUGAUCUUGGGGGAAGUAGAACUAUACCUUUUAUAUAAUCUUGGCAUGUUGUGUUUCAUAAUAAAACCAUAUGUUUAACUGCAAGGUAUAUCACUGUUAAUCUUGUAAUUAAUUUCUUAACCUUCAACCAUGUUUUAUACCUUAUUUUGUUACAUUAUAUAUUUGUAAUGUAUAUUUUGAAAUCUUUUAUUUUAAUGUCUUCUUUAAAAGUAUGGAAUGUCUGGGCGGCGCCUGUGGCUCAAGGAGUAGGGCACCGGUCCCAUAUGCCGAAGGUGGCGGGUUCAAACCUAGCCCCGGCCAAAAAAAAAAAAAAAAAAAAAAAAAGUAUGGAAUGUCGGGCAGCGCCUGUGGCUCAGCGGGUAGGGCGCCGGCCCCACAUGCCGAGGGUGGUGGGUUCAAACCCAGCCCCGGCCAAACUGCAACAAAAAAAUAGCCGGACGUUGUGGCGGGCGCCUGUAAUCCCAGCUACUUGGGAGGCUGAGGCAAGAGAAUCGCCUAAGCCUAGGAGUUGGAGGUUGCUGUGAGCUGUGUGACCAUGGCACUCUACCAAGGGCGAUAAAGUGAGACUCUGUCUCUACAAAAAAAAAAAAAAAGUAUGGAAUGUUGUACACUUGAAAGGCAAUUGAAUAUAGUAUGAUGAAAAUGUGAAUGUUUUGCUGCUUCCAUGACCAAAGAUAUAGAGCUGAUAGACAUGUAGAACAGUAAUUAAAGUUAGAAUCUUGUAUGUCUUGUCUUUGAAGGAAUUCUAACCCUAUGAAUUAAGAAUGACUUCAGAGAAAUUUGAUUAGGAAAACUUUAAAAUCUUAAUCACUCAAACGCUUAAAUAUAACCUCUAAUUUUUUUCACUGUGAAGCCACAAAGCAAAUUUCUUUCUUUUUCUUUCAGAAGUCUACUUUCUAAAUAGGUAGACUCAUUACAGACAGAUUAGUACAGAAGAUUCAUUUCUGGUAGCAAUGUCUCUUGAAAGAUAUUGGCAAUUAUGUUUUCAGUGACUAUGUGGAAUAGGAACAGUAUUGGCAGACAUUACUGAGAAAGGCCUGGUCUUCAAGAUGCUAUUGCUUUGAGACAUCCUUCCUAGGAAAAGAAUGUCUGAUUUAACAGUUGUGGAUUCCAUUUCUUAUUUCAGUUUCUGCCACGAUAACAGACCCCACCCACCACAUUUCCCAGCACUCACAUUUAUUCAAGUAUUGGUGUGUUCUACCCUUUAGCCCAGUUAUGUCAAAGCUGGAGGUGACCCCUGCCUUCUUGUUCUUAAUAUUGCGAUCUACUCCAUCCCUUUAAGUUUUGAGGCAGAUUGAUUAUCUUAACUCAUCAUUUGGCUCCAGUUGAAUUUUGAAAUGCAGAAUACUGGGCUUGCAGCCAGUAGGAUCUACAAAUUUAGUGGGGGUGGGAGUGGGGAGUUGAUGGUAAGUGUGAUAAGGGAAACUGCCUCUGACAGAACCUCGAUGGUGUUUAUAAAAGCAUGUCUUUCUGCAGCUGGAAAGAUAAAUGAUGCUAUCUGUGUAAGUCAGCUGCAAGCAGCAAUGUAAACUUCUUCCAUCCAGAGAAAGCAGGAUUCCCUCCCAAUAACCUCAUUGAAAAUAUUAUUUCUAGAAGGGCAUGUACUGUGUCUAUCACUUUUAGUGAUAAUUGUGCCAUCUGUUGAUAUCUGAUCCUUCUUAUGGAGGGCCUUCUUAGCCCCCUCACACACACAGGACGGGAUGUUCUAGGAAGGACUCUGAGGAGAAGUUAAACCUGGGGCUGUUGCACAGGUCAUCAUCCCUGCUUCUGCAUGAAGCUUCCAGAAACUGAUCAUCACUGCCUAGGAGGUGCUAAGAUCAGUUUACUUUUAGGAUGUCACCGGGAUGGGCUGUCAAUGAGGGGGAUCUGAGCAUAGGAGUCCAGCUUCUUGUGUUUCUAGGAAAAAUGCUUAAGUGUUCUUGUGCAAUUCAGGUUAGAUUUAUGUGAUGUGUGAAAUUUUUUUAAAAGGGAAUUUCCAUGAUUUGAGUUAGAUUAAUAUUUAAAUAUCUGCUUUAAAUGGUAGUUAAUUUCAAAACUAAGAAAAAAUAGGUAGAUGUGUGAAUUUAAGAGAUAAUAGGAUGUUCCCAUGUUUUUCCUGUAAAGAAAAUUAUCUUUUAGCUUGUUCAUAUCCUAUAAAAAUACCACCUUUCUCCCCUGUAUUACAGUACAGUGUUUACACUACUAUAUUGUCAAGACCGAAAGUGUAAAAAAAUGUACAUAUAAACUUAACUUAUAUCUUCUUUUUUUAAAAAAAGAGGUUUAAGUCUAUUGCACUAAACUAUACAUGAUUAGUUUAAAGUUGAGCGAUGGUUAUGCUAGAUUUGUAAUCUAUAAAUAAUUUAUAAGUCACUGGUUCUGGUACUGUUGUCUUCUGUGAUCAAUAGCAUGUGAUAAGCAAUACAAAACACCAAGCCUUAUAUUUACAAGAAAGAAGUUUAACAUAUUGGUUCAAGUUCUGAGCCUAUCAAAUGUAUGUAAGUGGCAAUACUAGAUUUUUAAGGAAAUGUACAUAGUAAUACUGGAGCUCAAUACUACAUGACGAAAUUUCUUUAGAAUUAGGAAAACAUUAUUUGGGGAGAAAGUUUAGUGGUUUCAGAAAUUGUAUUUUUCUAUUUAAAAAGGUUAUAUUAUUCUGUAAUUUAGAAGACGUUUCUUUGAAUGUGGGAUAUAACUAUUUGAAGAAUUUCUGUUUGAAAAAUUGAUGUAUUUUUGUGCCUUAAUAUUUGUUCUUUUAAUAAAAAUGCUUUCUGAAAUU